CUGGCUCUGCUGGCUGUCAGCAUUUCGAUGGCGGCGUCGCUCCACAGCAGGCCGAAGUCCUGGACCUACACACUGAAAGAGACCAGCAGUCAUAGCAGCAACGAGAGCAUCGUGAAGGCCGACACACGCAUCGAGCGCAUCGGUCGGGCGGAGUUCGCCCUGAGUGGAUCCCUGUUUAUUGGCGUGCAGGUGCCCGACGACCUGGAGGUGGAAGUUCUCGCCUAUCGCAGCCCGGACGGGGGGGCCAACUACAAGCUGCAGCCCUACUCGCUGCAACGCCAGGGAAUCUUUGCGGCCAUGAACAGCUUCUACAAGGACAUGAUCAUGGAGAGUGUCGCCUCCUGCUCGAAUUUGCCCCAGUUCACCGGGGAACUUACGGUGCUGGCGGCCCAGACAUUCAAUUACGAUAAGUGCCAGAUAAGUACCGAUUCAUUCCCCCAGUACUUGCCCGAUGGCUGGUACAAGCUCAACUUUGUCACAUACGGCUUCGUCGAGGUCGUUUGGGAGCUAAUCAUCAUCAUUGAAAAGAAGGCCCUCUAGUCUCUGACGCCAGAAUCUGGAGAUCUUUCAAAUAAAGGGAGCAAUUAUGCAGGCUUUUAAA